CGCAUGCUCAGCAGCAGCAGUUAGGUAGUGACGUCACCGGCGCCAUAUUAAAGAUUUGCUGCUGUUUUCUCCGUGUUGCUGUUGCCAUCUUUCUGUCUCCAGCUGGACUCAGAGAGACCAGAGAGUAGCAAACAUACCUCCACAAUGGAAAUCGACACACUUCUGGGAGCCUUCAGAGAUUUCGAGAAGAAAGGAGAAAAAGAAACCUGCCCGAUUUUGGACCAGUUUCUAUCGCAUGUUGCAAGAACAGGGGAGACCAUCAUUCAAUGGUCUCAGUUUAAAAACUACUUCCUCUUCAAACUGGAGAAAGUGAUGGAUGAUUUUAAAGCCUCAUGUCCAGAGCAACGGGGACCUGCCAAUCCAAACGUUGAGUACAUUCCCUUUGAGGAGAUGAAGCAGAGGAUUCUCAAAAUUGUCAACGGAUACAACGGGAUUCCUUUCACUAUUCAGCGUCUUUGUGAGCUUCUUACUGAGCCGAAAAGAAACUACACAGGAACAGACAAGUUCCUCAGGGGUGUGGAGAAGAAUGUGAUGGUGGUCAGUUGUGUGUAUCCUACCUCAGAGAAAAAAGGGUCAGGUUGUGUGAACAGAAUGAAUGGUGUCAUGUUCCCUGGCAACACUUCAGCUUUUCCAGAUAGAAAUGUGAAUGGUCCAGGAACACCCAGGCCACUGAACAGACCAAAACUCUCCUUGUCCAGCAGUGUAGCUACCAACGGCCUUCCUGACAGCACAGAAAGCAAAGAACAGGUCUCUGAGCAAUCAGAGAGAACAGUGAAUGAGUCUUCAGCAUCAGAAGCAGAAUGUUCACACGUUGGUCCAGUGAAGAGUAAACACUGUGAAGAUGAGGAUGCAACGAACGCUGAGAUGCAUGAAGCCAAGAGGCUCAAAUUUGACAAAGAGGAAGAUGAGGAUGAUGAUGAUGAAGAUGAAAUGGAAAAAGAACCAGAUGAAAAGCAGUUGUCCUGCAUAUCAAUAGCAGAGAGCUCAUCGGAUCUACCGCAGUCCUCAUCAGACGUCACUGCAGAGGUGAAGGAUAAUAAACCGGACGAAUCCAUCGCUGAAGACCAAGAACCCUCUAGUACACAGUCAGAGGUCGUAGAAAACGGGGUUGACAAGUCUGCUUCGGAAGAUUCACCCGACCCUUCCCACAAUCAGGCGACCGUCAGGGAAUCGGACCUAUCGGAGCAGCAGCCGGAGAGGGAAGAGAGCGCCGAGGCUCAGGAAGCGGAGGAGAAAAAUGACCCCGUCAGCAGUAGCAGCAAUAACAGCAGUGACGAGGGAGUGUCCAGUGCAGAGACUCUAUCUGCAUGUCCCAGCAGUUCCACAGAGCUGGCAGCAGAGGGCAGUACCACUGCAGAAAUCAGUUCAGACAGCUCAGAGACUGCAGAUGACACCAUGGAGCAAGACUGAAGUGGGGCCCCACGUUGUUGAUUUUUACACUCUACUGUACAAACACCCCAAAAAUCACUUAUCCUGCAAGUUUAGCAGAUCCUUUAUAGACCAGGAGAGGAGGGCAUCUGGUGACGUCCCUAAUGACCUCUCGUGACACAUCUCCUUGUGACCCUUCUCAGGGCAUCUUCACUUAAUAUGGGUUUUGCUCUGAAGAACAACUUCAAAAACUGGAAGCUCAUCUUUCUGGUGGUUUAGUGGAGCAUUUGCCAUUGAAUAACAAGAGAGCCUUGUGUACAUGGCAGUUUUCUGUAAUCCUGUUCUAAUCAUGAAAAUACCCUUCAUUUUGCAUCAAUCUCUCUCCUGCUCUACUAAGAGUGAAAAUGUGGCAAAUCUUUGGUUGAAUUUUUGUGAAUGUGUGCAUAUGUUUGUAGGGGUAAGGGGUGUAUGUGCACUUCCUUUAGUUUUGAUUAGUCAACGAAUGAUCUCAGGAUUCCCGUUGACCGGCAGACCAGUGUCUAAACAUUCCAGGAGAACACCCAUUUUCUCCCAAAUUGCCUUCUGUAUUCAUCUGCUGGUUUGUAGCACGAAGUGCUCAAUAGCAGAAUUAGACAGAUUCCCUUUCUCUGCUAAUUCUUUUUCUUUUAUUUUUAGACCCUUUGAUUUUAACUGCCUUCCCAGCAUAGCACCGAAAUGUAUUAAUCCACUGAUGCUGGUAAAUAGAUUCUAAAAUGGACUAAUGUGAUUUUCCAUGCACUAAAUAUUCGAGUGCUGUUGGUUGCAAUGUGUAACUUAAUAUAGUGAGCCUGUCUUUUCAACCGACAUAAUGUGCUUAACCACUAUUGAGCCAUCCUUAUUUGUCAUAAUCUUUUCAUUUUGUUUCAUCAAAUAAUGGCAAACAGUUGUAUGAAGGUUUAAAUGAGCAACACUGUCAACAAACACGUCUCUUAAACUGUACUUUACAUGCUUCCUACAGACAUGUAUACAGGCUGUCCUACCCAUACUUAUUUCCACAGCUCCUUUUUGAUAUGUAGAAUUUUUAAAUUAGAUUUUGUAGAUUAUGAUAAGUGUUCACUGCUUUUGUGAAAAGUGAAAUUGUAUGAUCUCCAUGUGAACUGAAUGCUUGGGCUUUCAACAGUAUUCCUGAAGAGCAAUAAAAGUUCACGUUAAAAGCA